AUGGAUUUCAAUUCUAAUAAUGAAAAUCAGAACAAACGAAAUCGUUACUUUAAUAUUAUAUUCUUAGGGAUAUUUCUUACUGAAAUUAUAAUUUACAUUAUAGGCAUAGUUAUAUUACCAAUAAGAUCAGAUUGGUUGAUUAUACUUGUCUCUGUAAUCUUUAUAUCAGGAAUUUAUACCUUUUUUAAAAAAACUUUAUUUUAUUUAUCAGCUUUUUGUGUGGUAAAUAUGAUACAAUGUAUUAUUUUAAUUGAUUUUGUGUGUCUUUAUCGUUACAAAAUACUCCAUAAGGGCAACUAUUUCUUGAAAUAUGGUAAUUAUUACGAUGUUCUUUUAUUGUCAAGUACUAUACUAAUUUAUAUUUCUUCAUUAUCAUUAUCAUCAAUUUACGUUAAUUCUCUAAUAACAUUAUUAAAAAAAAAAAUUUCACAUACUGGGAUUUUAUUUCACGUACCAAAAU